AUGGCUACCACUCCUCGCACCCAGCCUGAGGGCACUCAGGGUACCGAGCUUAUGCUGAACGCCUGCGAGGUUGAGAUCCUCGCCAAGGUCUGGCCGACUAGCCAUCCCGCUGCUGCCGUUCUGCCUCUCUCUCCGGUGAGGACGUCCCGCUCCGAUGCUGACGCCAGGACCCUGAGCCCGCGCUGCUUGCGCACGAUCAAGAAGCAGAUGCUAGACGUCGACGCCUCUGCUGCCGCUGCGGCCAUUGCUGCUGCGACCUAG